GACAGCAUCAUCCGGAAUUCCGGAAACAGCUGAUAGAAAAAAUGUCUUCGAUUGUUGAGAAAUCAGUGGAAAAUCUCGAGGAAAAAGAUGUGGAAAUCUUUCGUGUUAGUGUUGAGAUCCUUCUCAAGCUCCUGGACAAUGUCAUUAAGGAGCCAAAGAACCUGAAAUACCGAACAAUUCGGAUGGGCAACAAGACAAUCAAAGAGAAAUUGCUAGUGCUCAGUGGCAUGAAGGAUUUGCUCCUGGCGCUGGGAUUUGAGGAGGAUGGAGAGUGUCUGACAUUGUCAACUAAAGUCCUGGUAGGUAGUCUCAAGAAGCACCGCUCCCUGAUCAACAGCCACCUGCAGAAAGUGACGAAAAGUGAAGCUGAAAAAAGUGCAGAGUCAUGCUCAAAAACUAUCGAAAAGUACCAGAGACCUAUCUACAAGAAGCCCAGGAAAGCCCUCUUGACCUUUGAGGAGUGCGUUGUGAACUCUAGCAAUCAAUUUCUGAGAGAAUUGGAGAACAGGGCCAAUCUGGUCAUGAGCUAUGAGGAUGAGGAUCUUCAGGAAUUUGGCAGGCAGUGCAUUCCCCUUGAGAAACUCAAGCUUCAAACCCAGGAGAAGCUCCGACAGAUCCAAAAAGCCAUAAAAUCAAAUUCCUGGAAAGAACCUGAACCCAACUACCUCGAUCUCUUUCUCGUGGAAUUCACCGAAUGGUUCAAUACUUCCUUCUUCACCUGGAUCAAUCAGAUUCCCUGCAAAGUCUGCGGUCAGCAGAACAAAGGACGCCCUUCCAUGGCUCUGGAGAAUGGAUUGCGUGUUGAGGAACUUCUCUGCUGUGCCACGGUGACGCGAUUCGUGCGAUACGAGGACGUUGCUACACUCCUGACCACGAGAAUGGGCAGAUGUGGCGAGUAUGCCAAUUGUUUUACAUUCCUCUGUCGAUGCCUGGGAUACGAAGCCAGGUACGUGGCUGCCACCUUUGAUCAUGUCUGGACGGAAGUUUAUUCUGUGACUCAGAAGCGCUGGAUUCACGUGGAUCCCUCGGACAAUGUCGUGGAUGCUCCGCUGAUGUAUCAGCAUGGCUGGAAGAGAAACGUGGACUACAUCAUUGCCCAUUCCAAAGAUGAUGUCCAGGAUGUCACGUGGAGGUACUGCAAUGAUCAUUCCCAGCUUCUGAAGCGCAGAAAAAGAUGCUCAGAAUUCGAACUGAUCAGAGUGAUCCUGAAGAUUCGUGAGAAGAAGCAGAAGGAUUGCUCAGAAGCAAGGAAGAAGUUCCUAGCCAAGAGAACUCUUGCUGAACUCGUGGAAUUGAUGGUAAUGCGAGAGCCAACGGUCGAUGAGCUCAAAGGAAGAUCCUCGGGCAGUCUGGCUUGGAGACAAUCUCGAGGAGAACAGCAGUCUAGCGCAUUCUUUUCGUUUACAGCUACUGAAGCGGACAAGAAACAGAAGCAGUUCAACGUUAGAUAUUCCUGCUCCAGGGAUGUGUAUGAGAAAUAUGUGAAGAAUGGGCAGGAAGUGAUUGUAUUGGACACAACAAAGUCCUGGAAUUCUUGUCAGUAUUCCUCCCACAAUAUCUUCCGGAAAGUCGAGCACGACUGGAAGAUGACAUAUUUAGCUAGGACUGAAGACACCAAUGAAGCUUCAAUCGAGUGGAGAUUUGAUUUUACUGCCCAGGAUCUCAAGAUCUCCAGUGUCUUCAUCAAUUUCGAGACAAAAGUCUACGAAAAUGGAAGGAUUUCGCUGCUUUUCAUGAAUGAAAAUGGAGAGAUUGUCCGAGAUGUCCAGAAAUUGAAAAACUCCCGGAGGUUCAUUGUGAAGGCUGUUCUGAGCGGUGGGAAGGGGGAUAUCGCUUGGCAGCAUACACAACUCUUCAGACAGGAGCUCAAAUGCCCCAAAUAUCCCUUUGAGAUAUGUAUCAAUUUUUAUUAAUGUGAUAAAUCAAAUUUUCCAGGAAUAAAUGCAAUUUUUGCCUCAA